GCGGUGCGAAAGACGAGAAGGCAGGCGGGGCCGAAGGCACAACAAGGAGGGCACAGGUGAUGCAGCAAGGAAGCGGCGGGCGGCGCGGGGGCAGCGGCGGCGGCACCGGCACCGGGCUCGGGAGAAGCCGCAGCGAUGUCGGAACGGAAAGUGCUGAACAAAUAUUACCCCCCGGACUUCGAUCCGGCCAAGAUCCCGAAGCUCAAGCUCCCGAAGGACCGGCAGUACGUGGUGAGGCUCAUGGCCCCCUUCAACAUGAGGUGUAAGACGUGUGGGGAGUACAUCUACAAGGGCAAGAAGUUCAACGCCCGCAAGGAGACGGUGCAGAACGAGCUCUACCUGGGGCUGCCCCUCUUCCGCUUCUACAUCAAGUGCACGCGCUGCCUGGCCGAGCUCACCUUCAAGACAGACCCCGAGAACACGGAUUACACCAUGGAGCACGGCGCCACCAGGAACUUCCAGGCAGAGAAGCUCCUGGAGGAGGAGGAGAAGAGGCUGCAGAAGGAGAGGGAAGAGGAGGAGCUCAGCAACCCCAUGAAGGUCCUGGAGAACCGAACCAAGGACUCCAAGCUGGAGAUGGAGGUCGUGGAGAACCUGCAGGAGCUGAAGGAGCUCAACCAGCGCCAGGCCAACGUGGAUUUUGAGGCCAUGCUGAAGCAGACGCGCAAGGAGCAGGAGGAGGACGAGCAGGAGAUGAAGGCCAUGCUGGAGCAGGCGCAGCACCGCCGGCUCCUGCUGGACUCCGACUCCGAACCGGCCAAACCCCGGCCCGGUGCCACGGCCCCGAGAAAACCCACGGACAUCCUGCAGGAGGACCCCCAGCCCCAGAGCAAGAGGCCGAGGACGGCGAGCUGGGAGCGCAGCGUGGGCAAGCUCAGCACCAGGGCCCAGCUGGCCGGGCUGGUGGCCCGCAGGAGGCAGCAGCCAGAUCCUGCCCUGGAGAACGGGCCGGGAACCGGGGGCACCGCGACCAGCACCGGCUCCCUUCCAGCAGCAGCAGCAGCAGCAGCCACGUCCUCGCUGGGUUUGCUGGGAGCCUACUCGGACAGCGAGGGCAGCGCCAGCCACUGAGGGGCUGAGGGGCAGGGAGGAGGAGCAGGGCCGGGGCUGUCCCGGCUCCGGCUGCUCCCAGAGCCCCUCACGGAGCUGGAAGCACGGCCAGGGGCCCCAGGGGCCCGGGCGUCCAGGUCUCUGCUGUCCCCACGCCCUGCCCAGGGGCCCGGGGGUCUCCAGGUCUCUGCUGUCCCCACGCCCUGCCCAGGGGCCCGGGGGUCUCCAGGUCUCUGCUGUCCCCACGCCCUGCCCAGGGGCCCGGGGGUCUCCAGGUCUCUGCUGUCCCCACGCCCUGCCCAGGGGCCCGGGGGUCUCCAGGUCUCUGCUGUCCCCACGCCCUGCAGCAGCAGCAGCACGGGGAG